GGAAUGAAUGUUUAAAGAGAGCAACGUGUCUUCAAACGUAUUCGCAGUCUCGAACCGUUGCGCACAACCCCCGCUGUAAAAGUUCUCCUCCAGUCUCCCCCCCUCCCCUCCCCCACACGAAUCAGGGUCUUACUUUCCCAUUCGGGAACUCCGGCAUAUUCUCGGUGGUUCGACACGGCACCGUAUCAGACCGUCUGAAUUGUCUGUUACCGAACCCUCAACACCUGCUAAACUAUCAACACCUUUUCCUCCAUCUCACCCUCCUGCCUCCUCUCCACCCUCACCUCACCUCGUCCCUCCGCGCCGUCCAGCUCCCGCUACGCUACUGUCUGCCUCUACACCGCCUCUCGCUUGCAAAGUUUUUGACCGACAAUAACAACCCCAAGUUAAGGGACGAUAAUUUGAGACACAAUGGCCGACAAGGAAUAUACGUACUCCGAUGUCUCAGAGCAUGCUACUAAGAAGGAUCUCUUCGUUGUUAUUCAUGACAAGGUCUACAAUGCGUCGAGCUUCAUUGACGAGCAUCCUGGCGGUGAAGAAGUGUUGCUCGACGUAGGCGGCCAGGACGCAACCGAAGCCUUCGAAGACGUGGGCCACAGCGACGAAGCCCGUGAGAUCCUCGACGGCCUACUCGUCGGCAAACUGAAGCGCAAGGAGGGUGACCCUAAGCCAAAGACAUACGAGUCUGGAGGCUCGACUGUUACAACGAGCGACUCGGCCUCCAUGGGUAUUGGUGUCUAUGCUAUCAUCCUCAUCGGCGGUGUGCUUGCUUUCGGCGCGUACAAGUAUCUGCAAUCACAGCAGGAGAGCCAGUGAGCGCUGCGACUGUGGGGCAAUGAUGCGAUGUGUAACGGUGUCUGGUCUGUAUCAGCCACCAUAGGUCAGAGGAAGAGGGGCGAGCAGGGAAGCAGGAGGGACAAGCUCAGCACGACAACGUCUUCUCCUGAACUUUGUUACCUUUUCUCGAUAUCAGGGCUUGCAAAAGGAGAUGAUGUCUGUGCAGGUUUGUUGCGUGUAGUGUACAUGGUGAUGACAAGCACGUAAUUCGUCUGUGGUUAAGGGUGAGGUGGCGGAUGCAGAUUUUCUCCCCCCUGCCCGUCUCCCAUUUUGAUCCUUCUUUUCAGCUUCGCGGGGCAUUUGGAUUUGACGGUUAUCUACAUUUAUCUAAACAUCAUGGCAGGCCUGUCACUCUCCCCGGCGUCCGGCCAUAUGCGGUCGUUGCCUUGUUACCGAUCCCAUAAUAGACCAAUAUUUUUCUCCG